GGCGGCGGUGGGGCCUGGGGCCGGCUCCGUGCUGCUCUCGGUCAGCAGCAGCCUCAGCGCCCGCCGGGCCCCGAAGCGGUACAGCACCGGCAUCACGGUGGCCGAGCUCAAGUGCAAGCUGGAGCUGGUGGUGGGCAGCCCGGCCUCCUGCAUGGAGCUCGAGCUCUACAGCGCUGAGGACGAGCCCCUGGCCCGCCUCGACUGCGAUGAGGCUCUGCUGGGCUCCUACCCGCUGGGGGACGGAUGCAGGCUGCACGUGAUCGACCGCAGCGGCGCCCGCAUUGGGGAGUACGAGGACGUGUCCCAGGUGGAGAAGUACGAGAUGGCAGAGAGCGACUACGACAAGAGGCCAGAGUCCCUCCGCAGCUUCCUCCGGCAGCGCCAAUGGGGCCGUUACGACGCGGAGGCCGCGCGGCGCCGGGCGCAGGAGCAGCGGCAGCGCCGGGAGCAGGAUGAGGCCGUGGCGCUGGCGCUGCCGCUGGGCUCCCGCUGCCUGGUGCGGGUGCCGGGACAGCCCUGCCGCCGCGGCACCAUCAUGUACGUGGGCCAGACCGACUUCAAGCCUGGCCACUGGGUGGGGGUGCGCUAUGACGAGCCGCUGGGCAAGCACGACGGCAGCGUUGGCUCCCGCCGUUACUUCGAGUGCCCCCCCAAAUACGGGGCCUUCGUGCGCCCCCAAAGCGUCACCGCCGGCGACUUCCCGGAGGAGGGCCCCGACCUCGAGGACGAGCUCUGAGGAGGGGGGGGGCAG